GCCUGUGGCGGCGGCCACCUUUUCCCGCCGGGCAGCGCCGCCCCCGCGGCUCCUGCCCGGCUGCGGCGGGAGGGACGAUGCCACAGCGCCAGUCCCGGGAGGCCGCGCUCCUGGGCUGCUGGUGUCGCGGAAAUUGAAGAUGGCUGUUGAGUUAUGCUAGGUCUACGAUGGGAAGUGUCACAGUUCGGUAUUUCUGUUACGGGUGCCUUUUCACUUCUGCAACCUGGACAGUUUUGCUUUUUGUUUAUUUCAACUUCAGUGAAGUGACACAGCCACUCAAGAAUGUGCCCAUCAAGGGGUCUGGACCCCAUGGACCUUUUCCAAAAAAAUUUUAUCCACGCUUCACUCGAGGCCCAAGUCGAGUGUUAGACACACAGUUCAAAGUGAACAAAAUUGAUGAUGUGAUAGAUAAUGACAUUGAAGAUCCAGAAAAAGGCCACUUGAAAUUCUCUUCUGAGUUGGGUAUGAUUUUUAAUGAACGUGAUCAGGAGUUGAGAGACCUGGGCUACCAAAAACAUGCCUUUAACAUGCUGAUUAGUAACCGCUUGGGCUACCAUAGAGAUGUGCCGGAUACAAGGAAUGCAGCAUGCAGAGAAAAGUCCUACCCAGCCGACCUGCCUGUCGCUAGUGUCGUUAUUUGUUUUUACAAUGAAGCGUUCUCUGCCUUGCUCCGCACUGUGCACAGCGUCCUGGACCGCACGCCAGCACACCUUCUCCACGAGGUCAUCCUUGUUGAUGAUGACAGCGACUUUGAUGAUUUGAAAGGAGAACUAGAUGAAUAUGUCCAAAAAUAUCUCCCUGGAAAAAUUAAAGUAAUAAGAAAUACAAAGCGUGAGGGGUUGAUCCGGGGAAGAAUGAUCGGAGCAGCCCAUGCCACAGGAGAAGUCCUUGUGUUCCUGGACAGCCACUGCGAAGUCAAUGUGAUGUGGCUGCAGCCCUUGCUGGCGGUUAUCCGCGAGGACCGGCGCACCGUGGUGUGCCCCGUCAUCGACAUCAUCAGUGCCGACACGCUGGCCUACAGCUCAUCCCCUGUCGUGCGUGGAGGGUUCAACUGGGGCCUGCACUUCAAGUGGGAUCUCGUUCCGCUUUCCGAGCAGGGAGGAGCAGAGGGUGCCACUGCACCUAUUAAGUCGCCCACGAUGGCUGGAGGAUUGUUCGCCAUGGACAGGCUCUACUUCAACGAGCUUGGACAGUACGACAGCGGCAUGGACAUCUGGGGAGGAGAAAACUUGGAAAUAUCAUUUCGGAUCUGGAUGUGUGGAGGUAGACUCUUCAUCAUCCCUUGCUCUAGAGUAGGACACAUUUUCCGGAAAAGGCGACCCUAUGGAUCUCCUGAAGGCCAGGACACCAUGACCCACAACUCUCUGAGGCUGGCCCACGUCUGGCUGGAUGAGUACAAGGAGCAGUAUUUUUCUUUAAGACCUGAUUUGAAGACCAAAAGUUACGGAAAUAUCAGUGAACGUGUUGAGUUGAGGAAGAAGUUGGCCUGUCACUCCUUUAAAUGGUAUUUGGACAAUGUUUACCCAGAGAUGCAGAUUCCAGGGCCCAAUGCCAAACCCCAGCAGCCUGUCUUCUUCAACAGAGAGCCAAAGCGCCCCAGAGUGCUGCAGCGUGGCAGGCUCUACCAUUUCCAGACCAACAGGUGUCUGGUGGCUCAGGGCCGUCCAAGUCAGAAGGGCGGCCUGGUCGUGCUCAAGGCCUGUGACUAUGGAGACCCCAAUCAGGUCUGGAUUUAUAAUGAAGAACAUGAAUUGGUUUUAAAUAAUCUCUUGUGUCUAGACAUGUCAGAGACUCGCUCAUCAGACCCACCACGGCUCAUGAAGUGUCACGGCUCUGGGGGGUCCCAGCAGUGGACCUUUGGGAAAAAUAACCGGCUGUAUCAGGUGUCUGUUGGACAGUGCCUGCGAGUGAUGGAUCCGCUGGGACAGAAAGGCUCUGUUGCCAUGGCGAUCUGUGAUGGCUCCCCCUCACAGCAGUGGCAUUUGGAAGGUUAAGGUCCAUAUCUGGGCCAGAAGGGUGAUCCACUGGGCUUUGCCUGCUCCGGCAAGGGAGCACCUCGCUGCUGCUGCGCGGAUGCAGGGCAGCUGCUCUGGAGGGGGACCGUCUGCUCGGAGCCCGG